CUGGUUGUAAACUGCUUGAGAGUGCUGACAGCCAGUCAACUUCAAAAGCAGCCAGGAGAAACUUUCUCGCUAACUUUGGGAAGAAAUUCAAAAAUGCUGAAAGGUGCAGAUGAUGUUGUUAUGGAGCAGGAGGACUCUGCUUCCCAACGUGGAGAAAUGACAAGUUGGGAUAUCAAUGACAUCAAACUUCCCCAGGAUAUAAGACAGAUAGACUGGUUUCAAGAAUGGCCAGAUUCCUACGUAAAACAUAUCUAUAGCUCAGAGGAUAAAAAUGCUCAGAGGCACCACAGCAGCUGGGCAAUGAGAAAUACCAACAACCACAACUCUCGCAUCUUAAAAAAGUCCUGCCUUGGGGUGGUGGUCUGUGGCAACGACUGCUCGACCUUGGAUGGGAGGAAGAUCUAUCUAAGACCAGCCAUUUGUGAUAAAGCUAGGCAAAAACAACAGCGGAAGUGCUGUCCAAACUGCAAUGGACCCCUGCGGCUCCUUUCCUGCCGAGGCCAUGGUGGUUACCCAGUUACCAACUUCUGGAGGCAUGAAGGCCAAUUCAUAUUUUUUCAGUCCAAAGGAGCUCAUGAUCAUCCACGUCCAGAAACAAAACUAGAAGCAGAAGCAAGAAGGUCAAUCCAAAAAGCACAGAUGGCUUUUUCUCCAUCUUCUCCAAGAUUAAAAAGAAUCCGGGAGAUUGAGUCUCUGACAGGUGCAAUGCCAACGCGGGAGGCUUUGCUUCUUUCCAAGAUGGACGCUUACAUGCUACCUGCUAAUUUUGGGGCGCAUUUAAGCAAAAGCUCCCAGGAGCCGAUGUUGGGCAGCUGCUCUGGGCGGCCACCAUACCCAAGGGCAGCAGGGGAGGACGGGGCCAACCCACCCCAUGCAGCCCCUUUUCCCCAGCACUGUGCCCAGCUGGGCACCCAGCACAUCCUGCCCAUGACAAAGGGUGGCCAUGACCCCUUUAGGCCUAACGCUGGCCCUUUGGGGGAUGAAUCCUGUGAGGAGAAAUCCCCGCUGUGCCCCCCUCCACCGCCAUACCCUGUGCCUCAGGGAGGCCCCUGCCCCACAGUGAGCGGGGCACAACACCACCGCCAGCUCUCGGUGCCUCCAAGGGGAAGCGAAGACAACGGAGGUGAGAGAAGGCACCGUAUUGGUCUCAACCACUGCAACGAGGACAUGUUUUUUAACCUGUAUCCGUUACGGUGA